AUGGUGGACAGCAAGGAGGAUUUGCAAGGCGGAUUUGGUGGUGGCCAAGGAGGACUAGGAGGUGGCCAAGGAGGAUUUGGUGGUAGCCAAGGAGGAUUAGGAGGUGGCCAAGGAGGAUUUGGUGGUGGUCAUGGCGGACAACAAGGAGGCUAUGGCGGCGGUCAAGGCGGCUACGGUAGUCACGGUGGUCGUGGUGGUGGCCAUGGUGGACAGCAAGGAGGAUUUGGUGGUGGCCAAGGAGGGCUAGGAGGUGGCCAAGGAGGAUUUGGUGGUAGCCAUGGCGGACAGCAAGGCGGAUUUGGUGGUGGCCAAGGAGGACUAGGAGGUGGCCAAGGAGGAUUUGGUGGUAGCCAUGGUGGAUUGGGAGGUGGCCAAGGAGGAUUUGGUGGUAGCCAUGGUGGAUUGGGAGGUGGCCAAGGAGGAUUUGGUGGUGGCUACGGCGGACAACAAGGAGGAUUCGGUGGCAGUCAAGGUGGUGGCUACGGUGGCAGCCAAAGUGGUCGCGGCGGUGGACAUUAUUGA